GAACUUGCGCUUCAUCGACAUCCAUCGUUAUUACAGCCAUGACCGAUAUCACUCUGCGUGAGGCACCAUCCACAAACAUCAGCCCAAAGGUUAAGCGACAGCCGAGUGAGAAAGCGAUACCUGUACCUUUCGAUUACUGUCCCAGCGACGAUGGCACUGACGAGAAUUUGCUCAUUCUUCUCCAUGGGCUUGGAGACACACAUAAACCGUUCGGACGUCUAGGACGGUCGCUGAAGCUUCCACAGACAGCGACACUCGCCUUACGCGCACCCGAGCUGAUCCCCUACCUGUACGAAGAGGCCUACCAAUGGUACGAAUCCUUCGACCAACUAGGAGACCUGAUCCAAAAUCCCAAUCCGACACCUGCGCUCGCGCUCAUGUCGAGCGUCCUCAAGCACCUCACGGUGGAGUGUGCCUGGCCUGCAGAGCGCAUCCAUCUUUUCGGAUUUGCGCAGGGCGGCACCGUCGCAGCCGAGUUCGCGUUGCAUUGGUGGCGUACCGAGCUUGAGCGUACGAAGCUUGUCGCAGCGGACGCGCCGGACAGAGAACCGCGUGCCCUCGCGUCGGUCGUGAGUGUCUGUGGCCCUCUGCUCUCGUUCUCAACGGUCCUGGCAAGACCAUGCCCAACACCUGUCUUUGUCGCGCAUCGCCCGUCCCCGGCGGAGAGCGCGAUGCCGCCGAACGCUCUCUCGUCGUUUAAGAAGGGAUACAGUGAAGUGAAGGACGUCAGUUUGGGGCGUGGCGAGGGCAUGCCUCGCUCGAGAGAUGAAUGGGAGCCGAUCAUGCGUUUCUGGAGCGAAAGGCUGUCACGCAGGCAGAUGGAGGGAUUAUAUGAAGUUAUGAGCGGUGCGAUGCCAUUGUAAUUACUGAUGCAUAUAUAAUACAGAGAAUAAAUGUACAGAUAUCCUACCCACAGUAAGUGAUAAGAUGACAUAAACCAACGAUAGGGCGACUGUUCAUGGUGUGUGGUAUCAAAGGUAUGUCUGCAAGAGUGGAUGAUCAGUAGAGUUCAAAGGUUAUAGCCAACGGAUGUAGGUCAGAGAAAGCGAGAGUAUCCACCAAAGUGAGUCUCUCGAAGGUAGCUGAGAUAAGUUUCUGCAACGUAAGGUGCGCCCUUACUAAAGCCAAAUGCCUCAAACAUCAUGCCUAGGAAGGAGGACUUCCAAAGAGAGAGACGUGGAUGCUCACCUACACAGCCAUAUACAGAGAGUACCGGCCCCUCCAUGAGUGCGCGCGAAGCCUGUUGGAUCCUCACAGUGGUCCAACCCGGGUCCACUAGGCUAAUAACUGAUCAUCUUUCAGAGGCUGAGGACCUGAUCCUCUUCGAAGUGCGUCUAGAAGCUUUCUCGGAGCUGACAUGACCCCGCUUGCGAUAGGGGCCCCGUUUCCCUGGUGAGAGAUUAGAACAGUUG